AUGGAGGAUCAGCGCAGGCCGAGUCGCGCCGCGGGAUAUCCAGCCUCAGCCGACACCGAGUGCGGCGGCAACGGCUGCCGCCUACACCGAGGGCGGCGGGGCACUGGCUGCCGCUGGGCGGGCCCAGCGCCGUCCGGGCCUCAGGAAAGGCCAGCGCGCACCGAGAGAAAUCCGGUCUCUGCCGACGGCGGAGACCGCCGGGCCCUCGCCGCCGCAGACGAGAAGUUCGGACGCUCCACGGGACAUUCGGCCCCAGCCGACAUGGAGGGCCGCCGGUCCUUCACUGCCGUCGAACGGGAUAGGUUUGGCUGCAGCCUCGGCCGGAAGCAAGGGGGCUCCGCAGGAUACCUGGCCCCAGCCGACAUGGAGGGCCGCCGGGCCUUCGCCGCCGUCGAGCGGGACUAG